AUGAUUGACCUUUUUACAAUUUUUGGUAAAGGAGGUAUAGUUUUGUGGUGUUUUCAGGAGGGUGGACAAUAUUUUAGAGAAACAAUCAAUGAUCUUAUACAAAAUGUUAUUCUCCAGGAAAGAGGAAAUUUUAACAAUUAUUCAUCUAAUAAUGUUACUUUAAAAUAUAAGUUAGAUAAUGAAUUUGAAAUUGUUUUCUUAGUUGUAUAUCAAAGUUUCAUACAACUUACUUAUGCUGACAAGUUAUUAAGUGAAAUACAAAUACGUUUCAGAGAUAUGUAUAAAAAUGUUUUAGAUGAUAAAAAUUUAUUAAAUAGUCAAAAUACAGAAUUAUUUAAAAAUUUUGAUAAAGAAUUUAAAAAAAUUAUUAAUAGAGUACGGGAAGAGGCUAUUAAACAAGAAGAAAUACACCAAAAACCAAGAACAUUUCAAGAAAGUGAGAAAUCUAAAAAAACAGUUGAAUCAAUGAUGUUAAAUAAAGAAAAUAAAACUAAAAAGAAGGACAAUAAAAAAGGAAAAGAAAAUGUUGAUAAUGAGAAGACAAUUGAUAAAAGUAUUUCACCUAUCUCCUCAACACCAGCAUCACCAUCAUCUGAUAUUGAUGAAGAAGUUAUGAAAAAUAGAGCUAGUAUGAUGGCAAAAUUAAAAGGUAAAGCAAAAAUGCCUUCCUCUCCUCCACAACCUUCUAUACAUGAAAAAAAGAAAGGAAAAAAAGCACGUGUUUGGGGAUAUGGAAAUGAUGUUGAUGUUCCAGAAGUUUUAGAUUAUUCAACAGAUGGUGGUAAAAAAAUGGAAUUAAAAGAUGGUGAAUUUGAAAAUGAGGAAGUCAAGAAAUUUGUUGAAGAUCAUAGAUCUAUGGUUGGUAAUUAUAAAGGAGAUCUUCCUGGUCUUGAUGAAGGAAGUGAUGAAGACAAUGAUAAUGAUGAGGAAAUUGUCAAUGAUUCAAAUAAAAAAAGUGGUUGGUUUAGUUCCCUAUCGAAGUUAAUAUCAAAUAAACAACUAACUGAUGAUGAUAUAGAACCAAUUUUAAAAGAAAUGAAAGAAACACUUAUUUCAAAGAAUGUAGCUAGUGAACCUGCUGAGAAGAUUUGCCAAUCUGUUGGUGGUAAACUAACUGGUAAAGUAAUUGGUACCUUUAAUCGUGUCAAAACUAUUGUUAAAGAAGCUAUGAGAGAAAGCUUGGUACAAUUAUUAACACCAAAAAGACGUGUUGAUAUAUUAAGAGAUAUUGUUGAAGCAAAAAGAGAAGGUAGACCAUAUGUAAUUGUAUUUUGUGGUGUUAAUGGUGUUGGAAAGUCUACUAAUUUAUCAAAAGUUACUUUUUGGCUUAAUGAAAAUGGACAUAGAGUUUUGAUUGCUGCUGGUGAUACAUUUAGAGCUGGUGCUGUUGAACAACUUAGAACUCAUAUGAGAAAUUUAAAUUCUUUACAUCCAGAUUCUGUACAAUUAUAUGAACAAGGAUAUGGUAAAGAUCCAGCUGGUCUUGCUGCUGGAGCAAUUAUGGCAGCCUCUGAAAGAGGUAUUGAUGUUGUAUUAGUUGAUACUGCUGGUAGAAUGCAAGAUAAUGAACCAUUAAUGAGAUCACUUUCUAAACUUAUAAGAAUGAAUGAACCUGACUUAGUUCUUUUUGUUGGUGAAGCAUUAGUUGGUAAUGAGGCUGUUGAUCAAUUAGUUAAAUUUAAUCAAGCACUAGCUGAUAAUUCAGUACCAGGACAGGUUCCUAGAUUAAUUGAUGGAAUUGUUUUGACAAAAUUUGAUACUAUAGAUGAUAAAGUAGGUGCUGCUAUUUCCAUGACAUAUAUUACUGGUCAACCAAUUGUUUUUGUUGGAUGUGGACAAACAUAUACUGAUUUAAAGAAUUUAAAUGUUAAUGCUGUUGUUAAUUCAUUACUUCGUUAA